AUGGCAACGGUAUACCCGGUCGAGCCCUUCGAUGCAAUCGCCGACGCAGCGCUGUUGUGUGAUGUAAUGAGGCGGUCUAGGACCGACGAAAAAUCCAUAAUCGAAGUGCUUACGAACCGCGGGAUUAUCCAGCGUCUGGAGAUCGCCAAGGUGUACAAGACAUACCACGGGAAUGCCUUGAUCAGUGACCUGAAGGGUAGAGUCUCCGGAAACCUGUGGAAUGUUACUGCUGCCCUCAUGACGCCGCUGCCACAUUACUACGCUAAAGAACUCCACGACGCUCUUUCGGCGCGUGCAACCGAUGAGGAGGCGAUCAUCGAGAUAUUGUGUACACUCAGUAAUUAUGGGAUAACGACUAUCACCGAGUCCUAUGAGGAGUUAUAUGGAAAGAGUCUGGAGAACGAUCUCAAAGACAACACUUCCGGCCCCUUCGAGAGAUUGAGCGUCCCCCUCUGCCAAGCGAAGAGAAACGAGACCCACGUGAUAGACCACGCUCAGGCAAAGUCUGACGCCCAGAAACUCUUCGACACUGGUGCGAAACAAUGGAGCGCAGAGGACUCACACUUCAACACAAUCAUCGUCACUCACAGUUACCCACAACUCGCUCAAACAUUCUUGGAGUACGAGCACAUCUCCGGGGAUGACAUCGAAGUGCCCGUUGAGAAGGCGUUCUCCGGAAAUAUCAAGAAAGGAGUUCUUGCAAUUGUUAAAUGUGUGAAAUCCAAGAUCGGUUUCUUCACUGGGAGACUGCACAGUGCCAUGCAGGGAAUUGGCACCAACGAUCGCACCCUGAUUCGCAUCGUUGUCUCGAGGAGUGAAAUCGAUCUUGGGGAUAUUAAGAAGGUGUUUGAGAGGCGUUAUGGGAAAUCCCUGGAGAGCUGGAUUGCCGGGGACACCUCUGGAGAUUACAAGAAAACUCUGCUUUCCAUUGUCUCAACAAAUUCGGAACUUAGAAUUUUUUAG